AUGACAUUAGAAGAAAUAGAUUUGGAAUCAGGAAAAGAUCAGGUUUUAGGAAACGUAAGGGAGGCAAUAAAGACGGGAGAUUGGAAGAAGUUAGAAAAAUCCAGAUUUAGGAUAAUGAGGGACGAAUUAUGUUGCUAUAAUAACAUUGUUUUAAGGGGAACGCGAAUAGUCAUUCCGGAAGCAUUGAAGCGAAUAACACUUCAGAUAGCGCACGAGGGUCACCCCGGAAUUGUGGCAAUGAAAAACAGAUUAAGAAGCAAGGUCUGGUGGGAUGGGAUAGACAGGGAUGCGGAAAGAACAGUAAAGGCGUGCAAAGGAUGUCAAUUGGUACAGGACACUGUAUCGCGACCACCGGUAAAGCGAAACGAAUUGCCCACAGGUCCGUGGGAAUCGAUUGCGUUAGACUUAAUGGGCCCGAUGCCGACAGGGGAAAACAUCCUAGUUGUAACGGAUUAUUACAGUAGAUACUUUGAGGUACAAAUUUUAAAAAGUACGACGACGGAUAAGAUAAUAGAGGUCCUUUUUGAAAUAUUUGCGAGGCACGGAUUUCCAAGCACGAUAGUUUGCGACAACGGACCUCAAUUUGCGAAUGAGCGAUUUAGGGAAUGGCUAAGUAUUAACGGGAUUAGGAUCGCGCAUACGGCACCGUACUGGCCUCAGGCAAACGGCGAGGUAGAAAGGCAGAAUAGAAGCCUUCUAAAAAGGUUGAAAAUUGCGCACGCGGAAGACAAAAAUUGGCGAGAAGAAAUUCAAAAAUUUUUAUUAAUGUACAGAUCCACACCGCAUUCAGUUACGGGAGG